GGAUCUUCUCUCAAAUGACCAGACAGAUGAACCUUUGCAUCUUGAGGUGUGUUUGGACGAGCUUUCGCCUCACACCGGCAUCAUCGAGCUGCUCAAAACCCUGAGACCACAGUGGAGAGCUGAGGAUAUCCAGCUAAAGGUGCUGAGUCCACAACAGGCCUCCAAGUCACCAUUUAAGCCUGAUUCUGACCGGGAUUACAUGGGUGAACCGGUCACCGAGCAUUUCACCUGCAGAUAACACCCCCUGGCUGGCUCCAGGGGAGGAUCCUACUAAUCCUAAUCCAGAUGUUUACAGAGGGCAUCACAAAUCAGCUUCUGGGCUGCUCGGUGAGCUCGGACUCAGCCGUGGUGUUGGUGCGAGUGUACGGACGAAUGACUGAGCUUUUUAUUGACCGUAAGAAAGAGGUGGAGACGUUGAGGUUGUUGCACUCACAUGGCUGCGGCCCAAGACUCUACUGCAGCUUCCACAACGGCAUCUGCUAUGAGUUCCUGAAGGGCGUUGCGCUGGACGAUGUUCUGCUCCGACAGCCUUCUGUCUACAGACUGGUGGCAGUAGAAAUGGGGAAAAUCCACUCGAUAAAGCCGAAGUGCAGCUCGUCUGUGGAACCUGUGCUGUGGUCAAAGUUGGCUAAUUACCUGAAAUUACUGCAGAACUGCGAUGCAGAAAAUGAUGAUGUGCUACGGCAAGGUUCACAGUUGGACAUUCCCAGCAUGGAGGUGUUAAUCAAUGAGACGGAGGAGCUGAAGAGACAUUUAAACAGAGUGGAGUCUCCGAUAGUGCUGUGUCACAAUGACCUGCUGACCAAAAAUAUCAUCUACAACUCAGAUGAAGGCGUAGUGAAAUUCAUCGACUACGAAUACGCUGACUUUAAUUACCAGGCGUACGACAUCGGAAACCACUUCAAUGAAUUUGCAGGUGUGAAUAAUGUGGAUUACAGUCUGUACCCGAGCCGCGAGCUGCAGUGGGACUGGCUAACAUCUUACCUCCAGAGUGUAAGAAUCAACAACCGAGUCGACUCCCAAAUCACUCAGAGAGAAGUGAACACUCUGUACGUCCAAGUCUGCAAAUUCUCACUGGCGUCUCACCUGUCCUGGGGUCUGUGGGCUCUGUUACAGGCCAAAUACUCCACAAUCAAAUUCAAUUUCUUAAAAUACGCUGCUGCUCGAUUCAGCUUCUACUUUAAGAAGAAGGAGGAAUAUUUAGAAAUGAUGCUUCCUUAAUACCUGAAUUAUUAGCUUCUUAUUCACUUUUCACUUAAUAAAUAAAAAAAAUGAUUUAUUGUUAGCAUCUGUUAAUGUGUAUAUUUAUUUCAAAAGGGGUUUAAAUGAAAAAGUAAAUGUCUGUGGAUAUGUUUAUUUCACACAAAUGUGAUGAGCUCAGGUCACACUGAUCUACUGAGUAAAUAGAAGUAAAUAAAUAGGGGUAUGUGUGUAAGUAAAUAAAUAGGUGUGUGUGUGUCUGUGUGUUAAAUGUUCUUGAAAUCCAUGAAGAGCUCAGUUCUGGAAGAAACAGUGUGGUUUUUUUUCACCAGAGACACAUAGUGCGACGUUUUUUAAGUUUAAAAUAAAAAUAAAAAUCCUGUUAUUGGGGGAAUUAUUGCGUUAUGGGAAGGCGUGUUAAUGCCACGCUGCAGCAGCAGGGGGCGCUCCGGGGCAGCGAGGGGCUGUGAGCAGAGCUGACUUCACAACACGCUGCUACGUCUGAGGUUUUUCUGUCGACCUUGAAAUGUAAAAAUGUAAAAGUAAUAAAAUAAACUCUUUAUCCUAGUCACUGCCCUGAAAAGGAUAAAGUGCUUAUGAAAAAUUACUGAAAAUUACUGAAAAUGUCAGUUUCUGAAAAAAAAAACAGAAUUUA